AUGGCUCGUCGCGGUGCACCAGCAAACGCUGUCCCAUCAUUUGUCCCUCAAAUUCAACCUCGGCGCGCCGCUCAUGACCCCGACGAAUCAGCAUUUUCUCGGUUCCUUCGCGAACAAAUUUGGGCACCCGAAAAACUCAGCGGGAAUAUCAGUAUUGUUACUGGCGUUGGGAUGUUUAUUGGUGGCAUUGUAGCUGUGAGAACAUGGGGAGAUUUGAUGAUUCCUGCGUAG